AUGUCGUUGUUGAUUGUCGGGGCUGGCGUUUUUGGGCUUUCGACGGCCAUCCAAGCGCAAAAUAAGGGAUAUACAGUCACUGUGAUUGAUAAACACACUGUGCCGUCUCCGUACUCUGCCGCAUGCGAUAUCAACAAGAUUAUUCGGAGCGAGUACGACUCGGACUUCUACGCCAGGAUGAGUCUUGAUGCAAUUGAAGCCUGGAAAGCCGAUCCAGAGUAUUCAGAGACGUACUUUGAGUGCGGCAGAUUGUCUGUUUGUCCAAAAUCUAACACCAGCAGACGAAGAUUUGACGAUAUAAGUAUCGCUGUUCUUAGUGAGCUGGGCAAGGCUGAUAAAAUUACCAGGUACGACAACGUUGCAUCUCUGAAACGGGACCUGCCCUCUCUGGGGGACUGCAAGUUUUCGUCGGAGGACGUUUAUGUUUACAACGGCAGGGCCGGAUACGCACAUUCGUCUAACGCUCUAAAAGCAGCUUGGAGAAAAGCUGUUCGGUGCGGAGUCCACUUUGUUUUUGGUGAGGCCGGAGAGGCCGUCGGAAUAGAGCAGACCGAUGGCAAGGCCACGGUGGUUGUCAAGUCUGGAGCCAGCUACUCUGCAGACAAAAUUCUUGUUGCGUGUGGUGCGAGCUCUGGAUUUGUUGUGAAUGUCGCUGGCGUGCAAUCGGCCACUGGGCUUUUUGUCACGCAUAUUCAGCUGACUCCUGGCGAGGCCGCAAACAUGCAAGAUAUUCCGGUGAUUUUCGACGCGGGUCUUGGGUAUUUUUUCCCGCCUGAUAAGGAAACCGGGCUUAUGAAAGUCUGCAUAUCUGGCGUGGCAGCAGCCAACACAGUGACGAAUCCUCACGCUUCGGGCACAGUGUCCUUGCCGCGCUACAAAUAUGAUAUGGCAAAGGACACGAUUCCGCAAACUUGCCUUUCCCAGGCACGCAAGCUGCUGACCAAGUACUUUCCCGAACUGGCUACCAAGCCUUUUAUAAGAAGCAAAACUUGUUGGAUAGCAGAUAGUUCAAACUCCGACUUCAUCAUAGACAAGGUUCCUGGCCAUUCGGACGUAUAUCUUGCGUCUGGAGACUCUGGCCACGGAUUCAAGUUUCUUCCGAAUAUCGGGAUCUAUAUAUUGGAGAUGCUAGAAGGCCGUCUGGAUGCCGCAACUGCAGAAAGAUGGAAAUGGAGAAGUGAGCCAGAAGGGCUGGAAAAGUACAAAAACACGGAUUGGAAACUGACCAAGCAGCUUUUGGAGUUUGACCAGAUCUCUUUUGCCAAAGAGUGA